AUGAACAACUUUGGGGUGAUAGAAGUAGCGAGCACAAGGACCACCAAUGCGCCAGGCUGGGCCUACGUCCCCGACACGGGUCCCGUGCCGAGCGCGACCGGCACGCAAUCCCGCAAGCGAGCUCGCAACACCGGCGGCGCCAACCUCAGCUAUGCCGACCUGACCGCCCGGCAGGAGACCAAGAUCCGCAAGGAGCUGGAAGUCCUCGACCGCGACAACUCCCGCGAUGUCGUCAUCCCAAUACCGUCGCGGCCGGGCGGGGCGAGCAGCAGAACGGGGGGCAAGAGCACGCCCAACGUUCGCAGGAUAUUGCAGAGCCAGAAGACGUUUGCUAACUACCUGGACGACUUCAUCGCGGCGGGCGCAGGCAUAGACACGAGCGCCGGCACACCGAGUGGCGCGGCGGCAAGCGGAAGGUCCGCGGCUGCGGCAGCGAGUGCGGCCAUGAGCCGGGCGAGGACGGCCGGUGCUCCACAGCAGUCGCAGAGGAGACCCGACGCGCCAGCUACGAAGCCGGCCGGGAAACAGGCGGUGGGCAAUCCAGAGGAUGUCGAGAUGACGGAUGCACCAGGGUCCAGGAGCGCAUAUCUGCAGUCUUAUACUGGGUCGUUGCCGCCGCCCAACCCGUCAGACGACGAUCCGCUGCUCGUAUCAAGAGUACCGCCCCUGCCUUCGGAUGAAGAGUUGAAAGCACUCAUGUCAGCACCGCCCCUGACGUAUCUCGAAGCGAAGGCGGGCUGGAAUGACGAGGACAAGAGGUACCCCACCCGAAUGUUCUGUGAGGUCUGUGGGUAUUGGGGGAGGGUAAGAUGCAUGAAGUGCGGCGUGCGGGUAUGCGCACUAGAGUGUCUGGAGACACACCGUGAGGAAUGUGUAACAAGAUACGGACUAUAA